AUUGCCUCCACUAUCCAGAUAGACCCACUUACUUCUCCCUCGAGAUCACCUUUCACAAUGUUCGCAGCAAAGAUCACCUCCAUUGCCCUCAUGGCCAUUCUCAGCAACGUCGCCGUGGCUGGGCCGACGAACCCCGUGGCAGUUCGCCAGGAGACUCACAUCGACACUAGCGACUGGGUGCCGGUCAAGUUCCAGGGCAAGAUUCUGAAGUACAACCCGGCCGCCCUCAACACCUCCGUCGUCAUCCAUAACCCCCCGGGGUCCGACGGCGGUGAUAUGAGCACGGCGGUCAUCACCAAUGACUGCUGCGGCGGCAGCUCCUUCUCUGGCACCGCGUCCCCUUGGCCGACCCAGGGCGACUGCGCCGUCAUUCGCGAUUGGGCCUACACCCUCAACACGUACUGGUCCAUCUGGACGAACACCCCAGACUACCACGGCGUCAUCGUCUACGGCACCUGCGUCUUCGGGGCUGGCACCAGGAACGUCUACGACACGUACGUCGGGUCGUCCGACAUGGCUGACCUCGUGCGUGAUGGCAUUAACAGGUUUGCGAACAAUGGUCUUGUCGGUGCCGCGGGGGAAAUGGGAUGCGAGAAUUCGUGCACGCAGUCUGGCUGCCCGUUUUCAGGCCGGUCCAGUGUGUUUUGGAAACUCCAGCGUGCCUAG